CCUUAUCCUCCCUCGAGCCCGCCACGGGCCACGGGCAGUUAAACCCGUCUUCUCCCUCCAUUCCCAAGUCCCAACCCACCAUUCCCACGCAAACAAAUGCUCCUCACAUUCUCCCCGCACCCUUCCCCUCUUCUCCUCUCCCUCCCCGCCACUUCCGCCUCCAAACCCCGCGCCCGCCUCAGUCCUGUCCACGCCUCCGCCUCCGCGUCCCCCUCGCCGGAGCUCCUCGGCAAGUCGGCGCUCCGCCGCAUCUCCGACAAGCUCCGCAGCCUCGGCUACCUCGAGACCGGCUCCGAGAUCCCCGCUCCGGCCCCGGACACGAGCGGGGACGCCCCCUCCGCCGGCGAGAUCUUCGUGCCCACCCCGGCACAGCUCCCGCGCCACCGCGUCGGCUCCACCCUAGACCCGAGCUGGGCCACUGCCGAUGGCGAGGCCGGCUCCGCUGCGCGGCGGCAGCGGAGGGGGCGCGGGAGGGAUGCUGCUUCGGCGCCGCCGUCCGCGGCGGAGCUGGCGCUGCCGCGGAACGAGCUGCGGCGGCUGCAGGGGAUCGGGAUCAAGGUGAGGAAGAGGCUCAAAGUCGGGAAGGCGGGCAUCACGGAGGGGAUAGUGAACGGGAUACACGAGCGCUGGCGGAACACGGAGGUCGUUAAGAUCAGGUUCGAGGACGUCUGGGCUAUGAACAUGAGGCGCACGCACGAGAUGCUCGAGAGGAAAACUGGAGGCUUAGUCAUUUGGAGAUCUGGGAGUAUAAUCAUAUUAUAUAGAGGAACCGACUAUAAGUAUCCUUACUUCCAUCACAGAGAAAGGAUGGAUGGUCUUCUUGACAAAGAAUCAUCAGAGCAGAGCAGCUCUGAGGAUGAGGAUGAACAUCUUGGUAUAGGAUCAGUGGCGCUGAGUAGCAGUGGGGAGGAGGAUGAGAAUACUUUUCAACAUGAUAGCAGUUAUGAAAGUAGUGAGAAUCCUGUUAUAGCAUGUGCAGAACAGAGGAGUGCAGGAGAGGGAAAGAACCAUACCAUAGGAGAUUUGAGCCAGAGCUUAAGCAGAGAGAAAUAUACAACUCGUCCAAUAUUAUCUACCAAACGGCUUGUUUUUGGUACACAUGAGGGAAAUUUGGACACUAGAACUGGAGCUCCAAAUCAACAGCACGCAAGAUUGCACGUAAAUACUCAUGCUGAUCAUGGUGGUAACGUUGGUCCUGGAGAUCGGUCAUCCUUAGUGGCUGGUGUUGGUUCUCAAAAUAAGUUUCGAUUACAGUUGCCUGGGGAGGUCAAACUUGCAGAGGAAGCUGAUAAAUUACUGGAUGGGUUGGGGCCAAGGUUUUCUGGUUGGUGGGGGUAUGAUCCCCUUCCAGUGGAUGCUGAUUUAUUACCAGCUAUUGUGCCAGGAUACCGUAGGCCUUUUCGCCUUCUUCCUUCUGGUGUGCCACCUAAGCUAACAGACAGGGAAAUGACUAUCCUUAGGAGACUAGCUCAUCCCUUGCCCUUCCACUAUGCACUUGGAAGAAGCAGUAACCUUCAAGGAUUGGCUGCAUCCAUGAUCAAGCUAUGGGAAAGAUGCGAGGUAGCAAAGAUUGCAAUCAAGAGAGAUGCAAACAACACUGAUAGUGAACUCAUCACUGAAGAAUUAAAGGGAUUGACAGGUGGAACCCUAUUAUCAAGGGAUAAGGAGUCGAUUGUAUUCUACAGAGGGAAAGAUUUCCUCCCCCCAGCUAUCUCUCUGGCAAUAGAAAAGCGCAGAAAGUUGGGCGGUUCUACAAUCUACAAGCCCAAGCCUGACACUGAAGAAAGCACGCCUGCUCAAGAUGCUUCUGUACUGAAGGUAUCAAGUGAUGUCCCUGUACACAUUCAUGAGGAGGAAAUGUCUGUUCCAGAGAGUAGGUCAGAAUCUCUUAAUACUGUGGCCCAGAGUGUGGAGACCAGAUUAUCUCAGGCCAUAGCAGAGAAAGAGAGGGCUGAAAGACUUCUUGAAGAACUAGAAAAUGCAUCUCAGCCUUCAAAAGCUGAAACUAGAGAGGAUAUCUCGGAAGAGGAGAGGUACAUGUUGAGGAAAGUUGGAUUGAAGAUGAAACAAUUUCUGCUGCUAGGGAGGAGAGGAGUUUUUGAUGGAACUAUUGAAAAUAUGCAUCUUCAUUGGAAGUAUCGAGAACUUGUCAAGAUUAUCUGUAAAGAACACAGCCUUAAAGAUGUUGAAUAUGCUGCUCGAACUCUAGUGGCAGAGAGUGGUGGUAUUUUGGUGGCAGUGGAAAAAGUGAGCAAAGGACAUGCUAUUAUAGUAUAUAGAGGAAAGAAUUACCAGAGGCCAUCAACUCUCAGGCCAAAAACUUUGUUGAGUAAAAAGGAUGCUUUGAAGCGUUCUAUGGAAAACCAGCGUUGUAAGUCCCUGAAGGUUCAUGUGCUUAAUCUGUCAAAGAAUAUUGACUACUUGAGGGACCAGAUGAAUUCCAGCUACUAUAAAACGACCAUUCAUGGUCCUAGUGUCAAUUCCGGAACAUUACAACAGAAAAACGAAGAAGUGCCUGAAGAUGCUCCCAAGAGUUCAGAGCCAGAGGUUGAAGAGUGCGCUUCAGUUGUGAUGGAUAGAACCUUAAAUUUAACAAAGUCUGGAGUUCCUUUGGAUGACGAUGAUAUGCAGAGCAAAGUCUGUCUCACCAAACUUGAAGAUGACUCUUCAUUGACUGCAAGUCCAUGCCUGACCAGGAGAUCUAGUGCAGUUUCAUUCAAUGAUCUGAACAGACAUCAAAACGAGCACAGCUCUACUGUUACGUUUGAUCCAGAUAGUCAUAGUGAAGGCGAUUCAAAAGAUGUGGAUGCACCAAAAUUUGAUGUGAAAUCUGAUCCUCUCUUGCCUCUGAGAGCAACACCACUCUCAAAUAAAGAAAGGCUUGUGCUGAGGAAGCAAGCGCUUAAAAUGAAGAAACGGCCAGUACUUUCCAUAGGGAGGAAUAAUGUCAUCACGGGAGUUGCGAAAACAAUAAAAACACACUUCAAGAAGCAUCCUCUUGCUAUUGUGAACAUAAAGAACAGAGCGGAUGGGACUCCAAUCCAGCAGCUGAUAACAGAACUGGAGGAGGCGACAGGAUCGGUUCUAGUGUCGCAAGAAACAAACAAAGUGAUUUUGUACAGAGGUUGGGGAGCAGAAGUGGCCCAGAAAAGCUCAAAGGAAAAUGGUACAGAUGAAGAAAAGGAGGUGAUAUCGCCUCAGCUCCUGGAGGCGAUCCGGUUAGAGUGUGGAUUGCUCCCUGGCGAGAGUCAGGAUAGCUGGACGCCAGAGUAACCUCGCCACAGAUCAUGUUUUGAAAAAGGAUCGUGCAAUCAUUGCUCGUGGAUAAAUGGAUCAUACUCGUAUAGAGGACAUAAAUGCAAUGAGAACUGAAGCUGCAUAAGAGCAAAGGUGUGGAACCCUGCUCACUGACGUAGUUGUGCUCAUGCUGUCGAAGUGUCGAUGCAUUUGUUUGUUGCCGUCGCAGUUGUUGGCGACUGCGCAUCUUUCCCCUUUUUUCUCGUUUUUUUUGGGGCCCUUGAUGCAAUCAUCCAUUCCAGGAUUUUGUGCGUUGUGCAGAUAAGAACGCAGACAUGGGCAUGUCUAGCUGUACUAUCGUAUCUUCUGCCAAGUACUGUAGAUCUUACUCCAAUCUUGCUGUA